UUUUCUAGAUUGCACAUAUUUUCGUACUUUUAUUUACAGAUCACUCGUAUUUAUUUCUAAACAGAUGGAUUAGUCCCUUCAGUAACUUUUUGAAUUUUCCUCCUUAAACAAGUUAUAUAUUUCAAAGCUUAAUGUGGCUUAAUUUAACAUGGUUAAUCCUCGUAUUGGCAACAGCGAAUGCCGUGGAUUGGGAUCCAUAUCUGGAUAUACCUUUUAAACCACUGAAAACAUCGGCGGAUCGUAUACGGGAUCAUGGCUAUCCAGCCGAAUCGCAUUUUGUCGAAACCAGCGAUGGUUACUUGUUGAACGUAUUUCGCAUACCUUACUCACACAAAUUGAAUAAUGCAAAUGCGCGACGUCCUGUUGUGUAUCUGCAACAUGGUCUCUUCAGUUGCUCGGACUGUUUUCUGCUCAACGGACCGGAUAAUGCCAUAGCUUACCUCUUCGCCGAUGCCGGUUUCGAUGUGUGGUUGGGGAAUGGGCGUGGCAACAUAUACUCACGUAAUAAUACGAAGAUGAGCUUGAAUAGCACCAACUUUUGGCAAUUCAGCUGGCACGAGAUCGGCGCUAUUGAUUUGCCCGAUACCAUUGAUUAUAUACUCGAGAAGACAGGCGAAAAGCAAUUACAUUAUGUUGGACACUCUCAGGGAGGCACAUCUUAUUUUGUACUUACAUCCUUUCGCCCAGAGUACAAUGCGAAAGUGAGGAGCGCUCACCUUUUGGCGCCAGCCGUUUUUAUGGGCAAUACCACACAUCCAUUGGUGCAUUUGUUCAAGCCAUAUGUCUCAGUGCCCGGUGGCAGUGGUAUGCGCUUGUUGGGCGACCAAAUGUUCAUACCACAUAAUAUGUUGGCGCAACGUGCUUUGGAUACGGCUUGUGGUGGUGAACCGAGAUUUCCGGAAUUUUGUCGCACACUAUUUUAUACAUGGGCUGGCACCGAGGCGUCCAACAUAAAUGCGACACUUUUGCCGUACAUUGCCGAAACCCAUCCAGCCGGCAUAAGCACCAAUCAGGGCAUACACUACAUUCAACUGCACAAUUCGAAUUUCUUUAGACAAUACGAUCAUGGUGUACAGAAGAAUAGGAAGGUCUACGCACAGGCGGAGCCCCCAAAUUACCAGCUUGAAAAUGUUUCAGCCGAUACUUAUGUCUAUUAUGGCAUGUCCGAUACAUCGGUGAAUUGGCAGGACAUUCAACGUUUGCCAGAGCAUAUCUCCAGUUUGAAGCUGCUGUACAAAGUGCCCGAUGAGAGCUGGGGUCACAUCGAUUUCAUAUUCGCCAUGAAAGUGAAAGAAACUAUAAACGAACAGGUGAUCAAUUACUGCAAGCAGUAUGAGAUUGAUGGCGUUAUCAAAGAAAAUUAAAAACAAAACCUACACACUUAAAACAAAAAUAAACGAAGAUAAUCUAUGGGAGAUUUGUACAAAUUCCAAGGAGCAAUAAAUAUUUAUUAAUUGCUACUAG